AUGGAUUCCCGAACAUCUUACAUCUUCAAGGCUGCAAGUGAGGACGUCCGCGCCGCUGUUCUAGCUGGAUUCAUCGACAGCGACGGGACCGUCAAGGGCAAUGGCUACUUCAUCAGCCAAUCGUCCGCGCACGCCAAGGCCAUCGCCGACGCGAGGGAGAUGGCCAUGUCCAUUGGCAUUCGGGCUGGCGAGGUGAGGGCCUUCGACGGCCAGAAGCCCGACGGCGCCCCUACGCCACUGCUGGGGCUUUACCUCUCUGGGCAAGCCAUCGGGAAGUUGCAGCCGUACCUGCUGCUGGACUACAAGAGGCUGGACCCGACGACGCUGCGUAAGAUGGAUCUUGACGGCAAGCUCGUCAUCGCGCGCCCACACCAGCCCGCAGCGCCGGCCAUGGGCCGCUCCCUUCACUUCGCCGGUCGAGAGCUUAGCCUCGUCCAGCUUCAGGAGGGGUACGUUGUAUCGGGAGGAGUGGGCCCACUGCCCGCCUCCGCGUCGUCCUGA